AUGAGUUUAGACACAGACUUCAGAAGUUGAGAAGUUGUUGUCUUCUCCGUGGACAACAGUUGCCAUGCGCAUAUUAUUAUUCACUUUAAGACAAGUUCAAUUUGUUCGUCAACAUCUUAUUUUGGCAUAAUAAGAAGCAUGGAUUCUCCUGUAGAUUCGAAAGAUGGCUUUUCAACCUAUGAGGACACUCCUCGACCACGGACGCAGCUCAAGGAGCGCAAAACACAUGUAUCACCUUUACCUUUCAGUGUGGAAGCGAUCAUGUUGGAUAGAAGAACUCCUAGUGACAGAGGGAGACGCCACAGUGGUACGAUAAUCUCUCCCCUGGGGAAUUACUCUAUAUCGGUGUCCAGAGAGGCGUCUAGUCCAGAAGACUUUCCUCACAACUUUGACCCGUCUUCUUCGCUAGUUAAAUCAGAGACGUCUGAACCAGGGGACUUUGCGUCCAAUUUGUCUCCAGCGCUCAACCAGCUCAGUCCCUCCUUGAGGAAACACAAGACCAACAGGAAGCCCCGGACCCCCUUCACCACCUCCCAGCUCCUGUCCCUGGAGAGGAAGUUCCAUCAGAAACAGUACCUGUCCAUCGCAGAGCGGGCUGAGUUCUCCUCCUCCCUGUCCCUCUCAGAGACCCAGGUAAAGAUCUGGUUCCAGAAUCGACGGGCUAAAGCCAAGAGAUUGCAGGAGACAGAGGUGGAGAAACUCAAAAUGGCCACCGCAGGUGUUGGAUCCAAGCCGGGGUUCUAUCACUCGGGGUUCUCCUCGAUGCCGUUCCCCCUCUGUGUCAGUCUGGGUGGUCUGGGUGGGGGGGUCUCAGGGAUGUACGGAGGACAGGGGUACCCCUUCAGACGCACCCCUCUGUUAAAAACGGCACCACAUCUGGGAGUGUACACCUCACCAAUGGGGUACGGACUGUUCCACCUGUCCUGAAACUUUGUGUGUGUGUGUGUGUGUGUGUGUGUGUGUGUGUGUGUGUGUGUGUACGUGCGUGCGCGUAUGUGCGAAUGCGAUGAACCUUACAACAAGAUGUCAAAUGAUACCCUAACUCUCAGGGGUGCCUUGAAUAUAGUGUGCUGGACCAACUUUGAUAUAUUCAACAGAUGUGGAAGUGUGCGUGGUUAUAUGGUUUCCUGGUUUGUUACGGAAGUGCCUAGUGCUUCAAACACCUCAUAGUUCCAACACCCAUAGUACAAGCUCCAUUGCAGGGUAAUUGUUCAUUUAUUCUAUAGCCCUGACCUCCUGAACUCCUGACCUGUGCUGUAUUUGCCAAAGCUAGUUGGAUCGUUCCAUAGAAUACUGAUCUCCCGUGUGUCUGAUCACUCCCUAAAUACCAGAUUAGCUCUAUAAUAACAUAUUUAUUGAAUAAAUGUAAUAUAAUAUAUAUUUUAUUAAAUGUAUCUACAAGUGUAAAUAUUUUGUGGUCUGAUGUUGAAAAUAAAUAUUAUUUGCUGAGUAUAA